AGUAGGUUUGGCUGUCAUUGCAUGUACAAGAGUUGUACAGUAGGUUGUGGAUGAACUGAUUUCUUUUAAUUUAGGAUUUUAAGGUUGUUUUUAGCAAUCAUCAUGAUUGUUGCACUUGUUGGAGUGAAAGAUGAACUGCCAGCAACUAUUCCGCAGGGACGUAUAAACAUGUAUACCUGUGUUGAUAUCAAUAAUUCAGAUCAUAUUACUGGACAACUCUACUCCUUAGCAAUCACUACUACAGAAGAAAUCAUUUAUAUACGUGCAGAAACAAAGGAAGAGAGAGAAAGUUGGUUGGAAAUCCUAGGUGAAUAUCCUGAAAUGAACCGAGAAGCCGAACGGCAAAACAAGAAAAAGAAAGCAGUGUAUCCCAUGACAAAAAAAGACCUAGAUACCGAUAAUUCUCAAAAAACUGAAUCAAGUGAACGAACUCAGGUAGUAAUAAAACAGCCAUUGUCAAGAACUGAAAGUGACAUCAAUAAAAUUAAAAAAGAGCCUUCGAAAGACAUCAGUCGCUCUAUUAGCUGCCCUCCCGGGAAAAGCGAUGCUGACCCUGAAAAGUCAUUUUCUGAUGACCUUCAGAAAGUCAAAGACGAGAACCACAACCGAAGCUGGAGCGAUGGGUAUGGGAUGACCAGCGUGGAAAAAGAUGUAGAGAAAUGGCUUGUGAAAAGACUUGAAAGACCGAACUCUUUACGCUCAACCAAAAGUAUAGAACUCGAUUUUAGCUCCUCUGAAUUGGACAGUGGUGAUGACCAGUGUUUCAGGAGUGAGAAAAAUCAUUCCGGGAGAUCUAGAGAGAGUUCACUCUCUUCACCUUCACCACGACAAGAACAUAAGAAAAAUAAUGAAGACAUGUCUCGUGUUUCUAAGGGGAAGAAAAAGAGCUCAUAUAGUAAGUCGAGGCUAAAGCGAUCAGCUUCCGCAAGGCAUGUUCGUGAUGAACUGGAAGAAACAGGCUCUAAGCUUAGCAGGUCAUGUUCUGCUAAAAAUGUACCUAAAAACUGCCAUGAUAAGAUUUCGGACACUCCAACCAGAUUAGUUCCCUCUGAUGCUUGCUUGCACAGGAAUAACAACAAUGUGAACGAUUAUUCUCGCUUAAAACGACGUAGUAACAGGGAAAGCAGUUCAGGACAUAGUAGUCCAAUAAAUGACAGUCAGAUUCGAGACUCGCCCAUAAAGGAUUCGCCAGUUUCAGAUUCAGGCUCGCGAAAAAACACACCAACUCAAGAAACGCAGCGCCGCAAUUCACUGAAACUGAUCGAGCAAGGUGCGGAAAAUGACAAUAUUCACAUUUCUACGGAAGAACUCAAUCGCAUUGAUGCCUCAAGUAAAAGCAAGUUUAAAUUCAACAAGUCAUUGUUGGAUGGCGAGUCGCCAUCUCCCAGUCGCCGGACUAUAGAACGCCGUCGUCAUGCGCAAGAAAGGAAGGGCCGACAUACCCUUGAUGGCAGUCUUCAUGUGGAGCUACAUGGGGAACCUAAAGAGGAACCAAAGUUAAAGCGUAGUAACUCCGACCCCAAUCUCUCGGAGGCAGAUGACAUGUUGAAGCGCAAGGAAAUAGCUAUGACCUUUCCAGGUCUCUUUCAUUUGAAGAAAGGAUGGCUAAUAAAACAAGGUGAAAGUGAACAGGAUUGGAGUAAGCAUUGGUUUGUUUUGUGUGACAACAAGCUAACUUACUACAAAGACCAACAGGCUGAAGAGGAAUCUAGUUUGAGCGGUGUUAUUGAGCUUGCAAACUGCAUUGAGGCCUGCUCAACGACUGUGAGUCGCAAUUAUGGUUUUGAAAUACAAACUGAGAACUAUAGUAUCAUAUUAGCAGCUAUGACUAGUGGAAUUAAAAACAACUGGGUGCAAGCAAUUAAUAAGGCAAUUGCAACUGCGAGAAGUGAGGCCGAAACAUCAAGUAGUCCAAUUCAAAGUAAAGUAACGAUGGAUGAAGUUGCAACACCGAACCAGAUUGAUGCGGUAGACAACGCAAACGUGAAGAAACCGGUUGCUCCGAUGUUGGAGAUACGGGAUGCGAAUCAGCAACCAUCAAGGAAAUUUGUUCCUGAUAUAGAUUUUAUGCUCGGUACAAGACCUUUGCAGAAUCUAGACGAUGAUGAUGCAGAUACACUUGAUGAUGUGAGCCAAAUAGAAUCAGAUAUCGAAAAAAUGGUUCCAGAAACAAGCACACCUAUUACCGUCACUACCACGGAAGCAACGCCACCGGAAGAACCAAAUAUCCAAGAAGUAUCCAAGUCUGUUUCAGACUUACCGAAAAAGUCUCGAGGUGAACGUAAGCAUAAGCGACCUCGUGUAAGACCAAAGACAGAAGACCAAAUGAAGAGAGAUAUUGAAAAGAGUAUGAAAAUUGUCAAAGAGGGUGGAAUUUUGAGAUCAAAAAGCAGCAGUAGCAUUGAUGCUGGACAGAGGCCAAAGGAAAGCAAGAGGGUUCAGAUCAAAAAGGCUGUUGAAUACACUGCAUCAGACACAACGCCGCAAGAGGAUUACAUAACUUUCAAGACUCAACCAGAAGAACUGUUAACAUCCAAAGAUUGUAAAACCACUCAUGUUUCCCCAGAUAACAGUGCAGUUUAUGAACUUCUUGAAACAGAGGUUGAAUCCUUAAAAGAGCAGCUAACGUCGACAAGAGUUAAACUGGAGAGCUCAAACCAGCACAAUAUCGAGCUGAAUGCUAAAAUAGACCGUUUGAAGCGAGAACACCAAAAUGAAAUGUCAGAGGUCAUGACUGGACAAUCUGCAUAUGAGGCUCAGCUGGAGAAAUUAAGGCAGAAAAAGAACAUUUUGGAAGAAGAAAAACAGCGUAUGAUUGAAGAUUUAAAACAGAAAGAAGUUGACAAAAUCAAUCUACAAGAAUCAAAUGAAGCAAACAGAUUGUAUACUCAAGAGUUCGAGACUUUACAAAACCGAUGUUCUCUACUUGCUUCUGAGCUUGAAAAAUGUAAAGAAGAACUAAACAAAAAGAGUAUGACUAUGAAGUUAGAACGCGAGAAAGUAACAGAUAUGAUUGAAAAACUUAAUGAUAGAAUCGAUGGAUUGGAAGAGGAAGUAGGAGAUAAGAAAGUUCUCUUACAGGAAGCAGAAUCACAGGCAACAAUCAAAGCUAAACAAGUCAGAGAACUAGAAACACUCUUAAGACAAAGUAAAUCUGGAAAACUGAUUGAAGAUCUUAUGGCAGAAUUAACUGACACUCGCAGCAGACUAGAAGAAAGUGAAACAGUUGUAAUUCAAAAUGAUGAACGUUUUGAGAAACGGUACUUAAGAUUGAAGGAAAAAAUGCGAGCAGAAAACGAUGCCUUGAAAAAUCAACUUCAGCUGGCAGAGGAAAAAUUGAAAAUGUCAUCAGAUGAUGAUGAUAUGAUUCAUCUGGUAACCCAUAAGGAGGUUGUAGCUUGUUUGAAAAAUGAACUUGAAUUAACUGAUUCUGCAAAAUUAAGUUUGCAACAGAAAUGCGCAGAUCUCCAAAAUGAACUUGCUCAGAUUGUUUUAAAAGGUCAGGGUGAACUUGCAUCUGUACAGAGUAGUGACUCUGCCAUGCGAUUGGAAGAGGAUUUAGAAGAAACUAGAGGGCAGUUAAAAUUUCUGAAAGAAGCUCUUGAAAAUGAAAAGACCAGUGGUGCUAAUCUAUCUGUGGAAUUAGAAAACGAAAGAAAAGGCAAGGCAGAACUUUUGAAAGAGUUCGAAGAAUUGAGUGAAAAACUAAAGCAACAAGAGACGAAAGUACAAACCAUAAUGAGACAGAGUGAAGUAAGCCAUGAGGAUCAAAAUAAGAAAACUGAAGCAAUACUGCAAAAAGAGGAAAGUGAAUUGUUUAAUAGCCAACAACUUGUCAAUGAAAGUGAAUUUGAAAACAUGCGAGCACAAUUGGACCAAAGUAAAGAAGAAAUACAAAAAAUGAUGGAACUUAUUGUUGAAAAUGGAAAAGAAAAAGAGAUAUUUGUUGAGAAAUUGAAUUUGAAAGACAAAGAAUUACAGCAAUUGCAGAAAGUGUGUGAGAAGAUUCAGGCAGAACUUGACCAUGAGGAAAAGAAUAAUGGUGCAUUUGAAACAAAGGUUGCAUCAUUGAAAACUGAAAUUGACAGUCAUGAGCAAAAACAUGAGGCACAAUCAGUAAAAUUUCAUGAAGAGUUACAACAAAAAGAUAUUGAAAUACUGCAAGCAAAUAUUGAGUGUGAGGAUAUGCAAAAGAAGUGGAAUGUUAUGAAAGAAGCAGCCGAUUUAAACAUCAAGAAGGUGAAAGAGCUUGAAAUGCAGGCUAUGCAACAGAUGGAAAACAUGCAAGUGUUGCAGGAACGAGCUAAAGUGAGAGCAGAACGAGGUGAUAGAGAUAACAAAAAGUUGAGAGCAGAGCUUAAAGAGGCACAAGAUAGUUUUGAUGAACUUGAAUUGAAACACAUUCAGACUAAAGAGGAUUUCAAAAAAUUAGAAAAGAGUCAAGCAGAGCAGAUUCUUCUGAUGGGUUCCCGCAUUAAAGAUUUGACAACCAAAUUAGCUGCAGCUGAACGCAAGGUGAGAGAUGCUAAUCGUAAAAUAGCAUUAGAGCAAAAAUCUAAAUUAUCAAAAAGUAGACCAGGUAGUCGUGAACUUGAAAUUAGACUUAAGGAUUUGGAGACACAGCUGGAGGAUGUAGAAAUGGAGUUGGAGGUGCAGGAAAAAGAUUCAGCUUCAUUGGAGGGUAAAAUUAAAAGGGUUUCAGAUUCAUUGAAGAACAAGCAAGGAGAAAGUGAGCUAGUUUCAUCAUCUUCUUUAGAUGAAGAGACAUCUGAAGAGCCAGAGAGUUCUGUUCAGGAUUUCAAUGGCAGUGUGAGCAGUCCACCAUAUAACUCUGGCUUUGUUGGCUUCAAACUUAAUGAAUCAGAAGAGAAACUAAAAGAGGUGACAAGAAAGCUUGUGGAUCUUACAGCAAGAGAGUUAGAUAAUCGUAAGUCUUACCAGGCCAAGUGUGCUUCAGAGCGAGUCCUGAAGCAAGAAAUUGUCGAUUUAAAAAGCAGACUUGAGUCCAUGUGUAACGAAAUUGAUCAGUUUGAGGAAGAGCUCGUUGCCCAGGAAAAAAUUCAUCGUGUUUUGCUGGAGGAGCAGACAUCACAAUAUAGGAAAGAACUUGAAGAGCUGAAAGAUAUACGAGAAAAAGAACUGGAAGAGGAGGCCGCUGCAACUGCAAAAGCAAUAUCAGCUUUGAAACGAGUCCAUCUGGAGGAGUUGCAGAGGGAGCGAUUAAGUGUCGGUGAGAUGAUGUCUGAUGACGUGGAAAGCGUUAUGAAAAGGCACAGGGAAGUAGUUAAUCGUAUGGAGAAGGAAUGGCACAUCCUGUCGGAGAAGUAUUCCUCUCAAUGCCAGGAGAACCGGAGUCUGCAGAAGAUGGUGGAGAACCUGAAGUAUAUGAUGAAGGAACUGCAGAAAAAGAAAGAUGAGAUUGCAAAGCAGAACCUGGAGAUGACAACAAAGUUGGAAAAAGAUGUUGGCAAGUUAAUGCAAGAAGUAGAAAAAGGAGAUAAGGGUUUUGAUGAAAAUGAUGUGAUACAGAAUCUACAAAUUAAACUCAGGAUUAAAGAAAUUGAGUUGAAAUGUAGCAUGGAUGAAAUGCAGAAAUUCAAAUCAAACAUUGAUGCCACAAAGGAAGAAAACAAAGAAUUGCAGCAACAGAACAAACAUCUGGAAAGCGAGCGACACCACCUUGGUCAGCGUAUUGAUGUGCUAGAAUUGCAAGUGAAUUCACUGAAAUCAGAGGGCGGAAGGAUACGCACAAGUGGAGAAGGUGCUGCGGCCCCAGAGGGCUCUGUUGAUUGUGAGGAAGUUUUUGAAUCGCCUGUUAGCAGUCCGGGGCAGUUUGAUUCCAAGUACAAUGCUUGGUUCCCUCCAGAAUGCGAAAGACAUCCAUAUGAUUCUUCCAGUAGCACUCAGUCAGAUAGUUCAAGAUUCAGUUCUACAAAGAUUGAACAUGUUUGAAGGACUGAUUCCUUUCGUCACAUUAGAAUGCCUUGGGAAAAAAAAAGUAAACCUUUAUGUUGAUCAGUGUAGUUUGUAUCAAAGCUUCCCUUGACUGUCUUCCAAAAAAUUGAACAAAAUUGAGAAAAGAGACAUGGAGACAGUAAAGUAGUACCAGUACACACAUAUUCCUAUAAAAAUAUUAAGCCCUGUCCAGAAAACAUGUGACAUGCCUAAAUAUGGUCAUGAUAACAUCACAUCAUGUCCAUAUAUAGGCACAUCAUGAUUAUGGUUAUACAACAGUUUUUGUCUUAAUAUAGAAACAUGUAUUAUUAUUAUUUCAUUUAUCAUAAUUUAGUAGACCAGAAUUUUUUAAAAUGCUUCUUGUCUGAGAAACAGGAAGAUAAUGCCCUUUGUUCUUCCUUCAUUCCCCUUACAUACCCAGUACUGUUCGAAUAUAUAUUUAAUUAUCCAUCGAGCUCAUUGCAUGAAAGAACUUUGUGCAAAAAACGAGCAGCGAUAUUCCGCAAGUGGUUGUUUACACAACAUAAACAGUUUUAUUCAUGAGCUGGUUGCUAUAAAAUACUGAACUUGCGGUCCGACAUAUUAUGUAGAUCGAGAACUAAUGGAUUAUCAAUUGCUUAAAAACUCGGAUGCUGGGCCUAAUUAAUAUGUGUUGGCCUAAUCCAGCCGAACAAAGUUGAGAAAGAGUGUUCACUGCUUUAUUAUUAAGACGCCCGUUGAACUGCGUGCGUGGGGAUACAUUACAAGCACUAGCUCUCACUAAUUAAUUAUUCAUUAGCUCACAACAUGAGAGAAACAUGCAAACCGCUCGCCAGAAAAUUGUGUGCGAUUGGUGGAAGAUAUUCGAACAGUACUGUACAUGUGUAUGGUCACAAAUUAGAGUGGCAUAUCUAAAUAUCUGCCAGAACUAGACUUCAAUGGAUGCCUGUUGAUUAUGAGGAUGAUGGCAUUUCUACAGAAAAUGAUACUGCAAGAGACAAGAAACAUUUUUUGUAAUUUCACCUUAUGUCAAUUGACACACUAUCAUUUACCUUUGAUUGAUAUUCCAUCAUUUUUGGACCAAACAUAAAUUCUUGGUUUAAUAUCUUUGGGUAUUUAUGUGGGUUUCACAUAUUGUUAUUCAUUUGUAGUUAAUUGUUAGUAAUAUAUCAGAUUUAAAUCUUUUGUGUAACUUAAACAGUGUAUGUUGCUUUUUCAUAAUAUGUUUUUUAGAUACCUUGAAAACUUAUGAGAACUUAAUAUUUCAAAGCUACAUGUAUUCUCAUUAUUUAUAUAAAAAAAGAUUAUGCUUGAUAAUUUUGUUUAUGAACCUUCUACAGAUAUAAUAUAAUAUUUUUCAAAGUUAAUUUUAGGUCAUUCAAGUAAUUAAUUGCAUUUAUAUUUGGUCAAUUUUGGCUCAAUAAUUCUAUUUUGUGAGGCAUGGGCAGGCUGUAAUCUAAUUUUUCCAAUUAUUGUAUUUAUAGAUCGCAAAUAAUACCUGCUUCCAAGCUUGGCUUCCCCAAGCAAGUUUAACUAUGCAUUAAUAAUCUUCUUAGACAAAGAUAUUAAUCUCUCUUGCUAGAAUUAUAAUAUGACUGAAAUAUUAAUAUUGGUUAAGACAGAUAUCAAUGCAAACACUAAGAAUAGUUUUUUUCAGUCUCAAAUAUUUGGUAAAAAACUAAACAUGAAUUUAGAUGCUGAUAGUUUUACAUUGUUGUGUGAAUGGGUAGUUGAGCACUCAAACUUUUGACUAGUUAUCAUCCAGUGUCAAGUAAUAACCAGUUUGAUCCUGUUAAAACUGGCUCAAUCCAGUUAUUACUUGACCAGUUUGAUCGACUUAGAAUUGAAUUGACAAUCAAAUGCUUUAUAUGUAAUUGUAUGAUAUAAUUUUUUCGUAACUUGGGUAAUACUAUUCACAUUUUGUGUGUAUCUUUAAUAGUAUAUUUCAGGUUGAGAAUUUUUAAGGUGGUAAAAUGUAAAGAAAAUUUCAGGUUUUGACCAAUGUGUGCUGGAAUGUUAGAACAUGUAUAAGAAAAUAAGCACUCGCCAAUAUAGAGACUCAAUUGCUGUAGAUUUACUUAAAUAUCUAGUUCCACGUAAAAUAAGAAGAAAAAAUUAAUUUUCUUUUAUUGAUCAUUUAUGUAUGUAAUAGUAAAAUUGAAGUACUGUACUUCAUUUAAUCUGCCAUUGAUCUGGCUAAUGAGCUUUAUUAACACAUUUAAUUUUAUUUUGCUGCACAUUGUGAUAACAAUUGGCACUGACUUCCGUGAGAAAUUUGAUAAUAAAGCAUUGAAAAUGUGCAAAAUUAUGAAUUCGCGGAGAUGGGUUAAUUUCCGGGAGACUCUUGCUUGCUUGCGAGAAACCGUACCGAUUUCCGGGAGACUUGAGACCCCUGUUUCUUGCAACCCCUGUAUAAUUAGAUAUGUUAGUGAAACUAAAUUAGCCUCAUCUUCUUAAAGUGGAUUCUCCAACUUUGGACACCGGCAAUUGAAAAUCAAUGGAUGCUCAAAUAAUAAUAAUAAUAUAUUCUAUACCAUAGACCCAUAUCAAUCAAUUUAGGAAUUUCUGUAGAAAAAGGUAACCUUAGUGAAAUAUUUGUAUGUGUUGCUUUGCAAUGAGCUGUUUGGUUUGAUUGAAAUUUUGGGGGUUUUCUGAAUGUAUGGCAAAUGGUAUUUGGAAUCAAAAAGUUAUAUCAAUAUUAGCAAUUUCUUAAUUAAUUCGAUUUGGAUAUCCAACCCAAAUAAACGGAUCAAUGAAUAUCUGAAAUAUACAAUGAAAAAUGCCAAUCACUGGCUUAAUUAAAAUAGCUUACUCAUUAUAUGUUAGUAUGCCUUGUAUGCUCGUAGUUCUUUAAUAUUUAUUAUUGUUAAACAAUCUUUUACAACAAUGACUUUGCAUGUGCAUACAUAUUAUUUUGUUGAAAAUAUGUUUGAAAGCUUUAGUAAUCUUUACUAUCUGAAAUUAAUUAUCUAGUGUAGGUUAAUUUUAACUAUAUUUACAAAGCUGUUACAUUAUAUUAUUUUUAUAAUUAUUACUACAAACAUUAUUUGUUGCAUCAUAUUUAUCAUUAUUAUUAUUGUUGUUUUUACUAUUAUUUAUUAUUAUUAUUAUUAUUAAUAUAUAAUUGACAAUCAUUGACUUGAAAUUUUUAAUAAUAUUUAGAAAUGUGUUCAAAACUUGAUUUUUAUUUUUUAGUGUUAAUAAAAACAAAGAGUAUAAAACUGCAAGAGGUCUGACUCGCAGGGUUUCAUUGGAACGUAUUCGUAUGUGUUAAAGUUUGGAAAUACUCUAUUUGAAUUCUAAUAGGGCGCCCCCUAUCUUGUGGUAGUUUUUUUUUACAUUUCAUUGAUACAAAAUCAGGGCAGUUGGACCACUUGAAAUUCUAUACUCUUUGAUAAAAGUAUAUAUAACCUUGCGACCUGUAUCUUUAAUGUAUAAAUGCCAACUCAACACCUUAACAUAGUAUUAUAUUCUAGAAGAGCUCGUAUAAUAUAGUGAUUGUAUUUUUCUUGUAAUUUAUGUUUCUUGAUGUGACUGAUAGUGUUUUAGUCUUUUCAUUACCUCUUAUGAAUCAUUUGGUCAGUUCACUGUAUUUGUGUUGAUGUAAUGUAUAAUUAUUCUUUAUUGGUGCUGUAUUUAUAAACCACCUUAUGUUAUUAAAUGAUGACCAUGUUGUAAAAUAAGGAUUAGGAGUGUUUACAACAAAUGUGAAAGAAACAACCUCCCGUGAAUUCAAAAUGUAAGAAAGUUGUAUAGAAAUGUGUUGAUUUUUCCCCCAUCCCUUUAUUGAUUAUGUUAAAAUAUUGUUUAAAAAAAAUAUCUUGUAAUGUAAUUACUGUAAUGAGAUUGAUAUCUUCCAAAUCAUUAUCUGAAAAUUAUUCUUUAAAAGGUGUUUUCUGUAACAUAUUAAAUUAUACAUACUCUAUUGUAGUCCAACAUAUAUUAGUUGAGUUUCUGUUGUUACUUCUAACCUUUCACAAAAUUUAUUAAUUAUUUGUAUAUAUAAUAGUAGAUUAGUUUAUCUCAAAUACAUUCUAUGACUUAACCCGCUAACUUCAAAACCUAUCACAUUAUAUAUUUCUAUAAAUAAAUAUGUUCUAUCUGAAGAAAAAUUAAAA